UUCUUUUUUUCCGUCUUCGCCGCUGUCGUGACACCAAUUGCGUCGCGUUGCCUCCAAUUUGUGUUUGUGUGUGUUUGUGUGCGAUUAGUCUGGGCCGAAUCUGCCCUUUCCAAUCACUUCCAUUCUUGUUUGCUUUUGCACACUCUGGCAUCCGCUGCGUUACGGUUUUUGGACGUUGCGACUCGAAUUUUAGGUCGCGCUGCCCGUCGAUUCUCGUGCUGUCUUGUGCAAUUCCGUUCAAUUGCGCUGGCGGUGUGGUGCAUCUGGGCUGUGUUCGGCAGCACGGGCGUGGAAGCAUGGCUUUAGAGCUUCCAGGUUUCUAUUUUGAUUCUGAAUUGAACCGAUACUUCCCGUUGCCUCGCAAACGAGGCAGAAGCGGUGUAGUUCAACUUGGAGGAGCGAGUUCUUCGAAGCAGUCAUCCAAAUCUCGUUGCACAGGAAAACGGUAAUCAAGAUUCUGUUGAUGUCCAAGUAGAUGGAAGCGACGGCAGUCGACAUCCCAGCGUGCUACAGCUGCUGCAAGCAAGGGAGCAUAACAGUCGUACAAACAGAGCUUCCUCCAGUGAUCGAGGAUUCCGGAGACAAUUCUUGGAAGGUCAAGCUGCCCAUCCUCAGGUUUGGGAUUACGAUAGGACAGACAUGUGCGCUGAUGGUGCACUGCAACAGUUGCGUGUGACCUGUCAAACACUGGAGGGUGAGAAGGAGGCUGAUUUAUUAAUUCUUGGAGGUAGCAGCGGUCGUUUUGAGCUCUGUGGAACCACACUUCUAAACGGAUUACAAGCGCGAUCAGCAGACAUCGUACAUCCCAAGCGAUUUGCACCCGCAGAAGCCACAGUCAAAGUUUCAACAGAGAGGGACCCACCCGGGCUGUGGUCCAUUGAAAGUUCACGAUUUUCGUCUCGCAUUACAGCAAUCAAGAGACUUGGAGAGGGAUUAUCUGAAAACAGUGCUCAUCCUCAUCGAAGGGCAAUACUUACAACGCUAGGUGAUGGAAAAGCAAGUGGAUCUCUGUACGUUCUGUCUUUCAAGCAAGGGCCUGAAAUUCAGGAAUGGGAUCGGAAUUAUCCCUUGCCUUUUCAGAUCCAAGCUAGAGUUAAGACUCGUUGCAGCGUUUAUACAGCUGAAGCCAAUCCCAAUGGAAUAGCAGCAAGCUUGGGUAUGGAUGAAGGCGCUGGGCUGGUAGCAUUGGAGAGAAGUGAUGUCACUUGGCUGUGUCGAAGCAGCAGUGAUGUUUUGGCACAGCAGUUCGAUAAAGAGGGUAAUGUACUUUUCUGUGGAUUUCGAAAUGGUGUAAUAUCAACAAUCGAUUUAAGGAAGCCAGCCCCAAAAGAAACACACAUGCAUCAUGAAGCUGCUGUCGUCAAGUCGAAGUUUAAAGGAGCUUUCCCUCCUUCUAUGAAAUAUCAACAGCGAAAUUCACACUCCAGCAGUUCGCAUGGCAAUAAUAAACAGAAUAGCAAACGCAGAGUGGACGAUUACUUUUGCAGUCACGCUAAAAUCAUGCGAAUGGGUUCAGCAAUCUGCAGUUUAUUGCUUUUGCGGAAUGAUGAGAACUAUCUGUUAGCAAGUGCAAUGAAUGGAGUUAUUCACCAAUGGGAUCGACGUAUGGUGGAGAAUGGGGCAGUAAGAACAUAUGAGGGCCAUAACAAUACACAUACUACGUUGCAGCUUGGUGUCGAUCCAACUGAGACUCUUCUUGUAUCUGGUGGAGAAGACUGCGCACUUCGUAUAUGGAGUUUGGCUUCUGGGCGGCUAUUGCAUACAGAAAAAAGUCUUACUUCUCCUGCUGCCUGUAUAUGCUGGCCAGCUUCCAUGCGUUUGCACAGUCAGGGUGGUUACUGGGAAGAUUCCCCUUUUGAGAGUAACUUUAGUUGGGGUUUUUGGUUUGGUUCCUCUACUGGUCUACGUUAUAUGCACGGUGCAGGCUCACAAUUAUAAAGCCUGAAAGUUGAGAUCCAGUACUUAAAAAGAUUUUGGAAGUGCUUACGAAGUGAGAUUUCUACCGAGUUGCAGCGGCGUAAGCUACUGAAUAUGGUUCAGGAGCUUUGUGGAAUAUAAGGCCGCUGUCUUUAGUUUCUUGUCAGCACAUGAUUCUAGCCUAAUGGCAUGGUAGUGAGUUUAAUGUGCUAGGUGACUGUUCGAGUAUGAGAGAGGUCAUUUACUUUUAGUGUAUACAUCCCCCGGCUUAUUGAAUUUUUUAUGAUUAGUUUCUCUGGUUAUAAUUCAUUCAUUAUAAUUUUUGGAUCUUUAAAUCCCCUUUUGAGAACUUCCUAUCAUCUCGGAAUUUCUAGUGAAUCAGUAUGCCUCUUGAGUGCUCGAGUUACACGAUUACACAUGGUAAGUCUGCUGAAAGCCUCUCCAAAGCUCUGUGAUAUCUUAGGGGUCUGAUGUUAUACAUGAGCAUACGUGAGCGAAAUGCAUGCGUAUACUGCUACUACACGAGUCUUCUGGGAACUGGAACUGGAUCUUCUAACUAAUUUGGGGUGCAGUCAAGGUAAUGUAAGUCGGUAAAUAUGGUUCGGGACUUAGCUUUCAUGGUUUUCAUUAUCUCCGGGUCUCUUUGUGGGUUUUUUCUUGUCCACACGAAAUUCUAGAAGUGUUGUUGGGAAAGUGAACGUUUAUUUCUUGUGAUAUUUGCAGUGCGAACACUUUUCUUUUCAUUCAUAUGAGUCGGGUGCAGAACUCGAAGUCAGCAAGGACUUGUACUGCCACCUGACUUGUUAGGAAGGAAGCAGUAAUGUUCUCUUCAGAUUCCUACUCGUUUGUUGUUUCUGUCGAGGGCAGUUUGUGGAAGUUGAUUCCUGGGCCAACCUUCUGCCAAACAGUAGCAGCAGCUGAAUGGCAUACUUGUUGAUGGGGGCGUCCACAGAGCUGCAGCUCGCCAGGUCUGUGGUGAAGACCUGAGAUCUUACCUCGAUAGAAUUCGUUUCUAAUGCACCUAACGUCAGAAGUGGUACCUAUGAGCUUACUAACAUUUGACAAACUCUGACGUGGCUUUGGACAUUUGUGCCGAAAAAAUACCCAGCUUCUUCACAACAUAAGUCUCCUCUCCUUGAUCCAAGGUAUGUCAGUUUUCUUUGGAUUGCUGUGCAUGUAGACUGUCACACAGCCCAUGAGUUAUUUGUUUUGGCUGCCAGGUGUUACUCAAGGUCCAACCCAGAACACUUGCAGGUUUUUGAAGGAGCCAAUAUUCAUGCAAUGUAGCAUUAUGAAUUGUGCACAAUAUUUGGUGUUUGUCACAAUCAACAAACCCCAUUUUCAACUGGAUCAUCAGUCAUCACUGUACUGCAAACUCACCAAAUUGUGUGAUGAUGAUGUGCUGUAAUUCUUUGAAGGCCUAGACAGAUGUCAAUAGUGUGCUUAAUGAAUAGCAGAAGUCUGGGAUGUAGACACAUGUGCUUCAUCUUAGCCAGUGAAGAUGGCCUCCACCUCAAACCUGGAUGAGCUUUUUACCUGAUGCUUGUUCCAUUAAGUGUGAACAUAACUUUUCAACCACUCCUUUGUACUCAACAUUACCAUCAUGUUGUAUGGAAUGUUGCGGGACACCUCCUGUCUCCAUAUGUAAAUCUUCAGCACAAAUUGAGGCUU